AUGUCUUCUUCAAAAUCAAAUCUGAAAUAUCGGCACAUACCUCCAACGCCUGAACAUUUACCACUUGAUCUCAGCUGGAAUGUUGAUCUUAACUACUUAACGAAACCCGAUUCUUUUUUUGAGUCUUUUCAAGCCUCUCGUCUCCCUCUAAUAAGUGAUUAUGACUUGGGAAUGAAAACUGAACUUAGUGAUUAUCCGGGUCUUUUUCUUGGAGACGAAUCAGGUUUAAAUCCUCGAAGAGAAAUUACUUCGUUUGAAAUGAAUGAUCAAGCCCUGCUUUGUGUAGGCAAAGACCCGGUAACUAUAACUCAAGAUUUACCAAGAUUAAAGAGGUUGACUAAAAAUGAGCCUAAAGAAUGGCUAAGACGUACACAAUACUUAGAUUCAGAAGCUGUAUAUAAAAUAAAUAAGUCAUCUACGAUGGAGAGUCGUAUGGCCGCUCUAAAGCCUAAUUUCGAUUUGGUAAAUCAAUCUCACGAAGAACAGAUUGAAGCUAUAGAUAAAACUUUUGAAAAGGCAAAUGAUUUGGGAUUUCUUUCAACUUUGAAACAUCCUUCAAAUCCUUCAUUGAAGGUGGAAGAAAUUAUACCUGUAUUUCCAGAAUUUCAAGAGAGUUUACGUGGCCAGAAUAAAUUUGAUAGAGACCCAUGGGAUGGAUAUGAAUCUGAGGAUGAUGAUGAUAACGGGGAAGAAAAAGAAUUAAGGAUGAGCAAAGCUCUAAUAAUUCCAGGUGAAGAUCGUCAUGGUAAAAAUCUAUUUCGGUUGUAUGUUCCAAGUAUGGAAUCUUCACAAAGGUUAAUGCAAGUUAAUAGCUUUGAAGAUACAAGUAACGAGACAUAUCAAUUUAAAUGGGUUAGAGAUUAUAACAUUGACAGUGAUACUGUAAUGGAAAAUCAAGACUUAUUAUUUGUAGAACAAAAUCCAGCUGAUGGAAAUGAAAAAAUAUUUUCUUAUUCAGAGCUUUAUGUCGCAUCUGUUCUUAAACGUAGAAUAAAUAUAAUGGAACGGAUACAAAUGCCUGAACUACAAGGUGGUAGUACAUAUCUUAAUGUAAAAUAUGUUUCGAAUAUUGAAAAAAAGAAACUGGACGAUGACAAUUAUUAUAUGGAACGAGAUAAAGAUAGUGAUAAAGAUAGUGAUAUGUCUAGGAAGCGAGUACGCGAUGAUGAAGAAGAAGAAGAUUAUUUGCCUAGCAGGAAAUUGAAGGUUGAUAAAGAAAAAGUGUUAGCUGACGAAGAUAUCGAUAGCGACUCCACUAUUGAUGGUGAUUAA